AUGCCACCCGGAAAAUACCAGCCUUUCGAUAUUGCAGUUGCACUACUGAAUAUCCUUGCUGCGAUUGCGGGAAAUGGAAAAGAAGUGCCAGAUGUGCUGUACAUUCUCAUCAAUAUAGAUGGCAUCCCAUUAUACAAAAGCAGCUUAAGUGACUUUUGGCCUAUCCUAAUUAAAGUUCUAGGAUGGGAUUACAUUUUAGUUGGUGGAAUUUAUCACGGCGCAAAGAAACCAGCUGACAUCAAUGAAUAUUUAGCCCGUUUACGAGACGACAUUCUUCGAUUUCGGGCUACCGGAUUAGAAUUCCGUGGGAAAAAAGUCGAAAUUGUCCUUACAGGAAUUUGCUGCGAUACCCCUGCCACAACAUUCGUCAUGAACAUCACCACUCACAAUGCCUAUUACGGAUGCAGAAAUGUACCACAAGAGGCAUAUGGGUAG